AUGUCUUUCGCCGGUCGCCGCAGGGGAAACAAGGUCAAGAAGGGUGUCCAGUUCACCCUCGCCGUCGUUGGUGCCUCGGGUACUGGACGUACCACCUUCGUCAACACCCUCUGUGAGUCCGAGGUUCUGGCGCACAAGGUGUGCGACAGCCCCGAGACUGCUCACGUCGAGGAGGGCAUUCGUAUCAAGCCUGUGAACGUUGAGCUUGAGGAGGAUGGUGUCCGCAUCGCCCUGACCAUCGUCGACACCCCUGGCUUUGGUGACAACAUCGACAACGAGUUUGCCUUCCAGGAGAUUGUUGGGUACCUCGAGCGCCAGUAUGACGACAUCCUCGCCGAGGAGUCUCGUAUCAAGCGUAACCCUCGUUUCCGCGACAACCGUGUACACGCUCUCCUCUACUUCAUCCCUCCUACUGGUCACUCUUUGAGGGAGAUGGACAUUGAGCUUAUGCGCCGCCUGUCCCCUCGAGUUAACGUCAUCCCUGUUGUUGGCAAGGCGGAUUCGCUCACUCCUAGCGAGCUGCGCGCUUUCAAGAAGCGGGUCAUGGAGGAUAUCGAGUACUACGAUAUUCCCGUCUACAACUUCCCUUACGACAUCGAGGAUGAUGAUGAGGAGACGAUCCAGGACAACAGUGAGCUCCGUGCGAUGAUGCCGUUUUCUAUCAUCGGUUCCGAGGAGGAAAUCGAGAUUGACGGUCAACCCGUCCGCGCUAGGAUCUACCCGUGGGGCAUUGCUGAGGUCGACAACCCCAAGCACUGCGACUUCAGUCGCCUCCGUGGAGCUCUUCUCAGCACCCAUCUCGCAGACCUGAAGGCGCUGACGCACGACUUGCUCUACGAGACCUACCGUACGGAGAAGCUUUCCCGAACCGUCCAUUCCGAUACCCAGGACUCGUCCAUCCUUCCCGAGGAGCUCGCAAAUCAGAGUGUGCGUCUCAAGGAAGAGCAGCUCCGCCGCGAAGAGGAGAAGUUGCGCGAGGUCGAACUGCGCGUGCAGCGCGAGAUCAACGAGAAAAGGCAGGAGCUGCUUGCCAAGGAAGAGUCGCUCAGGAAUCUCGAGAGCCGUCUCGCCGCGCAAGGCUCUCAGUCGGAGUUCCGCGAUUGA